AUGGCGUCCACGGGUCGACGAACCGCGCGGCGCGCGUCCGAUCCGGGGAACCUGCAGCACCACUACGCGGAGCGCACGCAGUCGCGCUUACACACCGGCGAGGGGUUCGUGUCCUUCUACGACGAAGGCCAGGGCACAGAGUUCGCGUACGAUAUCGAUCGAGGAAGCCAUAAUAGGAUUUCGAUGGCGGAGGCGUCGAAGAAGUCGCCGCUGAAGUACAGCAGCAUGUCCUCGCGCACGGCGCGGUUCGGCCCCGUCGACGGCGCGCACAGGGACACCCCGGACGUGGUCCAGUACGAGAUCGACCACCUGCACAAGUCCGGGUUCUCGACGACGAUUCGAGAUUCGCCGCGGAGGUACGGCGCGGAGUUCAAGUCGCGCGCGCCGAGGCUCGGGCACCAGAGGGGCCCGGACGGCGCGGACGCCUUCUACGACGGCGCGAUACGCCACGGAUCGAUCAUGGACGAGGUGGCCAAGUCACCGAAGACGUUCGUGCAGAGGACGGCGAGGUUCGUGCCGGACAUGGGCGUCGGGAACCCGUGCGGCCCGAAGGAAGAUCCGAUCUACGCCGUCGAUCGACACAACACCGUCGCGGAUCGAAUCGCCAAGUCGCCGAUGUCGUACAGCACGCUUCGAAGCAAAGAUCGAAGGUUUAAGUCCAAGCCGCAGACGUCGACACCGGAAGACGUAGGCCCGGGGGCGUACGCGCUCCCGCCCAAGACGGGCGUCACCGCGUUCCCGAAAGACUCGGACGCGACGACGCCACGGCGCCGAAGCACGCCGUUCGCGUCGACGGUGCCGCGCUUCAGAGAGACGACGGAGUUCAAAGACGAGGAGUACCGCAGCGGGGCGUCCACGUUCACGUUUCAGCGGGAUCAGAAGGAGUGGCAGAGGAAGGGGAUGGGGGGGGUCAUGUCGAGGGCGGUCAGACGGACGUGA